CCAUUCUUCCAGUAUUUACUCGGGUGUGCAUUGUUCCAACCUUGGCUAGAUGCUGUGGGGAAGCAUCAGCAAAGCAGAUGGGUCAUUUGCUCUGGUCUCUGUGUCAACAGUCCCUUCAGGGUAACACCGUGACAGCUUAACACUCAUGACCACAGUAGACAAGCAGGCAAUCUUCUUCAUGUGAUGGCCUAGCCUUUCCCUUGCUUAAAUGUCUUCAGUGUCCUCACUGUGUUCAAAGUCAAGUCUAACCCUUUCUCUUGGCUUCCCCAGUCUUUGGUGUGAACUUAGCUGGUGUCUCACCUUCCCUGGCUCCUUCUGCUUCCUUUGCCCUCUCUAGCCUUACUGGAUGUCCCCUGUGGUUAAAAACAAGCAAGCAAGCAAACAAACAAACAAAAAAUCAAAAUGCAACCAUCCUGUCUGUCUAGUUUGGGGGCUUCUGCCUGCCCCUUUCAAUCUGGAUUGAUCUUCCCCAUUCAUCACCACCACCCUUGACUGUACCCCCACUUUCUUGCAAGUGUCUUCCCCUCACUGCCCUCUUGCUACAAUUGGACUUUCAGGCAGCCUAGUCUAAUGAACACUGAGCUUCCAAGUUCCAGCACUGGUUCCACCGUUACAGCUGAUCUGUCACCUGUAACAAGUAAGACAUACGAACUUCUUGACAGUCGUGGUGAGAUGAUGCAUUCCCAGGCAAACUGCCCGCUGAAGAAUGGCCAGCAGAUGGGAGUUGGCUUAUGUCUUUGAUUGUUCUCAUUUUUUCCGUAGACCAAAUUGGCACACCUCUAAACCUCCAGUGUCUAGCAUGAAGAACAUCUGCAGAUGAUGGGUAAGCUGUUGACUAAGGACCAUUGAAUAUUUAGUAGUGGUGGUAUGGGUCAAUUGGCGCUUUCCGCCUUUCAGCGUGUACUUGUUGCCUCUCCUGAGUUCUUCCAAGUUUAAUAGCCCUGUUCCCUGGGGUCUGAAAAGAACCCUUUCUUUCCAGCUGCAUCUCAGUCUUGGCUCUGGAGGACAGUCCCAGAGUGGGGACUGAGCAUGCUCCUGGCCAGCUUGGGCUGGAUGGGGCCGGACUUCUCUGGCCCUGCAUCUUGCGCCCUCCACAGGCCGGGCUGGCUGGCAGGAGAGCCUGCGAGCAGGCGGGGUUUGGCCUCAGGGCAGCCUGGUGCGUCUAGGCUCUUCUGGCGGACAGGGGUGGGGGACAGGAGCGGCACCUCCCAGCCAGUCGCACAGCCUACCGCCCUGCGCAGAGGCUGCAGGAGCGGAGCCGAGCGGCAGGGAGGGCUUUCUAGGCCUUGAGCGCGCGCUGUGUGGUGCUGGAGUCUGGCCUUAGGUCCCGGUGGGGGAAGGAGAAGCGCAAGGGCGCUGAGGUGAGCAGAGCUCGGAGACCCAGCCAGGGCUCAAGUGCAGGCUCCCAUUCUUCUCUUAGGCAGGGGAGGAAUUUCCUUAACCACAUUCACAACCUUGCCUCGGGCACCUUAGCUGGGGCUGCCAGGAGGCCGCGGUGGCCGGGCAGCUGUUGCACCAAGAGGGGGCAGCUGCGGAGUUCCAUAACCAUAGCAACCGCAUCAGUACCAAGGCGGCAGUGGCAGCGGCGGCGGCGGCGGCGGCGGCGGCGGCGGCGGUGAGGGCAGCAUCCGCUUGCUCCUCCUCCAGGCAGCCUCACAGUGGAGACCUGAGACAUAGCUCGCAGGUGCCGCGGACUCCUUGGUCCGCCCACAGUCGCUGCCAGUGUUGGCUGCUGGAGAAGGUGAGAAGAAGAGAGUGGGACCAGAGCUGGAACUGGGCCCUAGGAGGUGAGAGAGAGCCCUGCAGUGGGAGACAGGUAAUGAACCGAAAAGAUCAUGUCUGAAGUACAAGGAACAGUUGAGUUUUCUGUAGAGCUACACAAAUUCUAUAAUGUGGAUCUCUUUCAGAGAGGGUAUUACCAGAUCCGAGUGACUUUGAAAGUGUCCUCAAGGAUCCCCCACAGGCUGAGUGCUUCCAUCGUUGGGCAGUCAGAAAGCAGCAGCCUGCAUUCAGCCUGUGUCCAUGAGAGUGCUGUGCAUAGUCGAAUCUUCCAGAUCUUAUACAGGAAUGAAGAAGUUCCCAUAAAUGAUGCCAUGCUCUUCCGGACUCACUUGCUCUUAGAUGGUGAGAGGGUAGAAGAUGCACUGAGCGAGGUCGAGUUUCAGCUCAAGGUGGACCUGCACUUUACGGAUAGUGAGCAGCAGCUGAGAGAUGUGACUGGGACACCGAUGAUCAGCAGUCGCACACUUGGCCUGCACUUUCACCCCCAGAGGGGUCUGCACCACCAAGUCCCUGUCAUGUUCGACUACUUCCACCUGUCAGUGAUCUCAGUGACCAUCCACGCUGCCCUGGUGGCUCUGCAGCAACCUUUGAUCAGUUUCACUCGCCCAGGAAGAGGCUCCUGGUUAGGGAAAGGUGGCCCAGACACAGGACCAGAACAGCCUAUUAUUUCUCUGGAGAACUUGGUCUUUGGAGCUGGAUACUGCAAGCCGACUUCCUCAGAGGGAAGCUUCUACGUCCCCUCAGAGAACUGCAUACAACAUGCACACAAGUGGCAUCGGGACCUCUGUCUUCUGCUCCUCCAUGCCUAUCGGGGCCUCCGACUCUACUUCCUGGUCAUCAUGAGAGACAUUCCUGAGCUGCCCACCAUGGAGCUGGAGGCCCUUGCUGUUGAAGAAACACUCUCUCAGCUGUGCUCAGAGUUACAGAUGCUGAACAACCCGGAGAAGAUAGCUGAACAGAUCAGUAAGGAUCUUGCCUGGCUGGCCUCCCAUAUGAUGGCUCUGUGGACCCAAUUCCUGGAGACAGUGACUCUACACUCCGAAGUGACCACUUAUCUCACCCAGGAACACCAUGCUUUGAGGGUCCGAAGGUUUUCUGAAGCUUUCUUUUAUAUGGAGCACCAAAAACUUGCAGUUUUGACCUUUCAGGAAAACCUGAUACAGACCCACAGCCAGCUAUCUUUGGACAUCCGGAACUCGGAGUACCUCACCAGCAUGCCCCCAUUGCCCGCAGAGUGCCUGGAUAUUGAUGGUGACUGGAACACCCUUCCUGUUAUCUUUGAGGACAGAUAUGUGGACUGCCCUGUCUCAGAGCAUAAUUUGAGUGUUUAUCCUAAUUUUGAUGUCCCACUGGCAAGUCCUGCAAUAAUGGAUCUAAAAGGGAAAGAAAAGAAUAUUAUAAAUCAAAAAUCACCAUUGAGGAAGAACCUUCCAUUAUCUACUACAAAAGCACCCCAAUUGGGCUCUGAUGAGGAUGUUAUUAGGUGUCCAGAGAUGGAAGAGAAUGUCUCCACACAGAAUCCUGUGGAUGUGUGCUCAGAAUCUCAGGUGUAUUUGACCAUUGGUGAAUUCCAAAGCAAAACACUCAAGCCUGAAGAUGCAUGCUGGACUGGUCCAAGGGCUGAUGCUGUGAGAGAUUCAGAUAUGGACAUACGUAGGAGGAGUCCAGGCCCUGAUGAUGGGAAGGCCCCAGCAUUGACCUACAUUGAUGUGAAAUCUAGCAAUAAGAACCACCCUAGAGCUGAGCCCAUGCAGGGCUUUAAUGUACAGCAUGAGCAAGGGAGCUCUCAGGACAGCUAUGAUCCUGUUAAGACUCUGCCAAGCAAAGCUGUAGCAGGAAUAAGUCAGAAUAAUGCCACUUCUUUAAACCAAAAAGCUGCCAUUGAAUUCAAGACUCUAGGAAGGGGAGCAGACCAGGAGGGAAAGCCCAUGCUGCUGAGCCUGAAGCUCACCCCUGCUGAACCUUGUGACCCAUUGAAUACUGCUCCAAUGGAACCUUGGGACACCACAUCUUCCCUGCAGGACCAUUCAGAAGAGCAGGAAGAUCUGUCAGUGCUCUCUGGCAUCAUCAAGAGGUCAGCCUCCAUCAUAUCUGACUCAGGCAUUGAAAGUGAACCAAGUUCUGUUGCCUGGUCUGAGGCCCGUAGCAGGGCCCUGGAGCUACCUAGUGAUCGUGAAGUUUUACAUCAAGUGAUUCGAAGGCAUGCCCACCACAGGAACUCUUUAGAGGGUGGUCAUACAGAAAGCAACACUAGUCUGCCCAGUGGCAUCCAGGCUUCUCUUACCUCUAUCAGCUCUUUGCCUUUUGAAGAUGAGGAACGGGAGUUGGCACUUACUAUGCUAACCAAGUCUGUCUCUGCACCCCAGAUCAGCAGCCCUGAGGAUACCACUGAAGGUGCAGACACCAUGAAGAGCACAGGAGGAUUUGCUGAAGACCUGGACAGUUCUAGCAAGGACACCAGUUCACCUGGACACAGUUCUCAUUCUUAUGGUGGCUCCAGGGCCCAGGAUGUCAGGGCAGGACACUCCCUUGCAGACAUAGCUUUAGAUUCUGAGAGAGCCCACGGACCUGGGUACAUAGACAUCCCCAAAGGUAAAGAGAACCAGUCCUGUCCUCAAGGACCCUGCUAUAUGGAUGACAUGGCUGAGAACAUACCAAGUGUUGAAACCAAAGGUCUUAACUUAAAAGUACCAUGUACUAUAGUGCUUGAAAACUCUAGGACCAGUUCUUUUCAUAGAGCAGCAGACGAAACCACAAAAGGCAAACAUAAAGGAUGGAGUGGGGGUAAACACAUAGUCCCCAACAACAGCAUCUUAGACAUCAGGGCUGGGUCUCACCACAGGGUGCCUGAAAUCAGUAGUGCACCAGCUGUUGAAGCUGUCAACUUGAAUUCUACAGGUGUACAAAAUGGUUCAUCAAGUGUCAAUGACACCAUGACAUUGAAUAGAAGACAUACUGCCUCUCUGGAGGUCAAACAUGAAGCAGGCACUGUGUGCCCCACUGUGACUCACACGAUUGCCUCCCAAGUGUCACGAAACCAUGAGCUGAAGACAGGAACUUCCAUCUCUGGGUCCCACUUGAACUCCGCCGAGGCCUUUACUCUGGACAGCUUAAAGGCAGUGGAGGUCGUUAACUUGUCUGUGUCUUGCACUGCCACAUGUCUCCCUUUCUCAUCUGUACCCAAGGAGACCCCUGCUAGGGCUGGACACUCUUCUAAACAAAGCCUAGCCCCCAUUACUCAUCAACCUUUGGGCUCCUUUGGAGUUGUUUCUACCUAUUCCAGCAAGUUGGAAGAAGAAGUCAGUGAAAGAAUGUUCAGUUUUUAUCAGGCCAAAGAAAAGUUUAAAAAAGAACUGAAGAUUGAAGGAUUUCUGUACAGUGACUUAUCCGUACUAGCUUCUGAUAUACCAUAUUUCCCACCAGAGGAAGAGGAGGAAAACUUGGAAGAUGGGAUUCACCUGGUGGUCUGUGUCCAUGGCCUGGAUGGGAACAGUGCAGACCUACGGCUGGUGAAGACUUUCAUAGAACUGGGGCUCCCCGGGGGGAAACUGGACUUCCUAAUGUCUGAAAAGAAUCAGAUGGACACAUUUGCAGAUUUUGAUACUAUGACAGAUCGAUUGUUGGAUGAGAUCAUUCAACACAUCCAGUUGUACAACCUCUCCAUAUCCCGAAUUAGCUUCAUUGGCCAUUCCCUUGGUAACAUUAUCAUCAGAUCGGUCCUCACGAGGCCCCGGUUCCGGUAUUACCUCAACAAACUCCACACAUUCCUGUCACUGUCUGGACCUCACUUGGGGACUCUGUACAACAACAGCACCCUGGUUAGUACAGGCUUGUGGCUCAUGCAGAAACUGAAGAAAUCUGGCUCCCUUUUGCAGCUGACCUUCAGGGAUAACGCUGAUUUGCGCAAAUGUUUCCUUUACCAACUUAGCCAAAAAACAGGGCUGCAGUACUUUAAAAACGUUGUUCUGGUUGCUUCUCCCCAAGACCGUUACGUGCCAUUUCAUUCAGCCAGGAUCGAAAUGUGUAAAACGGCCCUCAAAGACAGACACACAGGGCCAGUGUAUGCAGAAAUGAUCAACAACCUCCUGGGCCCCCUGGUGGAAGCUAAGGGCUGCACUUUGAUCAGACAUAACGUGUUCCAUGCUCUGCCCAACACUGCCAACACUCUGAUUGGCCGUGCAGCUCAUAUAGCUGUGCUGGACUCGGAACUCUUCCUUGAGAAGUUUUUCUUGGUGGCAGGACUCAACUAUUUCAAGUAGUGCCCUCCAGGGAGCAGCCUGGGUGACUGGCCAGAGCUGUUUAAGAUCAGUUCAGUUCUUAGCUACGUCAUGCUUUUCCAUACCUCUGAAUUCCAGAGUGGAAUAGAAGGAGAUGGAGGGUGUGGAAGGAUGAAGCUGGGGUGGGACUGGACACUAGAGAAAUGUGUAAUUGAGACAUUGGGGAAGCUGAACAAACAGUGUAAAAGACAACAAUGUUUUCUUGAAUUUGUCAAGCUACCUAGAGUCUCAUUCAAGAUGUUUCUAGGGACAAACUGAGAAAAUAAGAAACAGAACAUUUGCCAUUGAUGAGCCCAGCUUUAUAACCACCCUGGCUCAUGGGAAUUGAUCCAACUUACCUAGAUUUCCCCAGUCUGUUACUAGGUCAUAGCUUUAUCAUGUGUUGAUUCAAUUAAGUGCACACAAACAUUUCAGAACUCAGGUUAACUUCUGUGUGGAAGUGGGGUAUCUUCCUGUAAAUAGAACCCUUAAUAGAUCCAACAUACCACUUGUUCAAAAACUUGUUCUAUACAUGCUCUUAUCCUCUCCAUGUUUUCUAAAGGACAAGGGAAAGUGUGACAAGUCCACAUGUUAUUGUCUAGCAGCAGUAGGUAGGGUGACUUAAGGAAGAGGGAGAUAAAGAUGAUACUGCUGGUAAAUACAGGUUUGGUGUAAACAGAAACAGCUGUAGGGAGCAUAUUGAACCAAUUGCUCCACCUACUUCCUUAAACUUUUUCUAUGCAUAGCCUGGUCCACAAAUUGUUUUUGUGAAUGCCCAAAGUCCUGUCUGAAGUAGGGAAGACCGAGAGAGACUCUACCUGGCAGAAGGAGGCAGUGGGAUGAAUGUAUUCGUGUGUGAAACUCCUGCUGACGCAUUUCCAAAGAAAUGCUGUUUUAGUCUUGACAGCAAGAGCAACAUUUCAAAACCAUUAACAUGGCCAGCUGUUUCUCUUCCCCCUGGAAGGAGAAAGAUAUCCCAAGGGAGGCAUGCUGGGUAAAGAACCUCAGGGGAGCUCUAAGAAGGGUGCUGUUAUCUUUCAAUAGUGAUGUCUUCUUGCCUUAGGAAAAUAAAGGGCUAGGAAAGACCACAUUUGUAAAAACUAAUAGAUAGCAGAGGCAAAAGUGAGAUCAGACUGGAGAACAAAAACCAGAGUGAAGACCCAACUUCAAGUGUUAUUGGUAAGUGACUGAUGCAGAAAUUUUGAAAAUAACCAGGAUAUUUAAAACUGUCCCCAUCUAAGUGCAUUAUGUAGGGUAAAGUCAGAAGGACGAACAUUUAGCUGUACAGAAGAAAUGCAUGAACCAGGGCAGCAUGGAUGAUCACACUGAAGACAAAGCCCACCCCAAAUUUUUGCAGAAGGACCUGCUCAGUAUGGAAAUCUGCCUGCUCUGGGCACCUGAACUGGGUUUCCAGGUCACUGAUCCCAUGGGAAGAAAGCUAUGGGAGUCUGGGUGCACGCAGUGAAUAAAUUCAGACCAUGGGAAAUGAGUUCAGACCAUUAGUUUUCAGGAGAGUAAACAUGUGGGUGGUCUGGGAGGGGAGCUGAAGGCUUUGCAAAGGUAGACCUCCCUACAGUGGGUUCAGGACUUCUCUAUGGGUCUUUUCUGAAUUUCUUAAUAACCUGGUUUUAAUGCAUGCAGUUCUCAUUGGGCAUUUUCCUGAGUUCCCGAGUCAGGGCUUGACACGGACUCUGCUCAGUGGCACUGACAUGUUGGCUUCAUUUCUUGGAGAACACUUUUUUUUCCUAGUCACGCAACCCAGGAUCUUCUGACUCAGACAAGUGCUGUUGCUUAAUGCAGCAUGGUUAAUCUGUAGCAAGUUCUCCUUUCUGGAUAUGUACAGAGCCCUGCCCGUCUGGUCUGAUAUGCUCAUUUUCUGUUUUGUUUCCAAUCCUCAUCAGCAGCAUUUGUCAACCCUGGUCAUUUGAAAGACUAUGUAGUACUUAUGGAGCCAGGAUGAGUCUGAUGAUCAUCGUCUUUACCAAUAAUCAGAUGCCAUUUUUAACUUCAAUAUGCUGUCUGGACUAGUGAGAACUAAUGGCAAUAACCGUUCAGCUGCAUGGAACACCUCUUUUAGGUUUCCUGCUGUCUUUGUAAACCCUAACUGGCAUCUGAGAAUCCACCAUCAUCAUGUAGAAAGUGUACUCAUGUAUUAUAAAUAAGAAUGUCAAGUAUUAAGUGUCAUGCCUCAUUUGAAAAGGCUUUUUUAUGUCUCUUUCUAUUAAAGUAUAUAUAUAAUAUAUAUAUCAAUAUACAUAAUAUAUAUGUAUAAUGUAAACAUGGACAUUAUAUUAUUGGUUAUAAAAAUGAUAAACAAAAUGCCUGCCAAGGUAACGAGCCAGUAUGUUUCCAUCCUCAGUUCUAUUUUUGGGUUUUGUUUGUAUGAUUUGUAGUUUCCCCAAACUAGUUAGAAAUAAACAUUACUAACCUUGGGAUUAUUUGGAAUUUGUUGUUCAUGAGCCAAAUAAACUCAAAGGAGGAGACAGAAACCCAAAGCCAGUCUGGAGUCAAUGACCUCAGUGGCAGGCUGAAAUCAGGUGUAGUGCUGAGAACAUGGGAAAGGAUAGAAGGAAAAACACAUCCUAUAGAUUUCUAUAAUUCCACGAGUUUCUGAGCUUCUGUCUGUGCCAGACAGGACCCCGGAGACAUGUGAAGUAGAGAACUCAAGAAGGACCCACUUGUUGUUAUGAUCUUAUCAAGGAAGAGCUGGGCUGAAGCUGUGGCUAGAGCAGGGUGUUGUACAAUUAUGAUUGGCAUUGUCUGCGGAAGAAUAAGCAGAUAGCCUUGAAAGUGAAACUAUAAGGUGGAGCCCAUUCUUCCACACACCCAUCUGUCAUUGCUUUCUUUCAUGAAGUCAUUGCUCAACUAAAUACAUCUGUGUGAGGGCCUCUCUGUGCUAAGAUCAUUGGUAACUCUAGCAGCUCAUAGCUUAGCAAAAUCAAGUGGUAACUAAAAUCGAUGGGCCUCACAGAUGCUGUAGGGCUAUUAUGGGAGCCCAGAGGCAGUACUCCAGCCUGCACCAGAAAGGUUAGACUCUCGGGAAUUCCUCCCUGGGGAAACUUUAUUUUGAGGCCUUGAUAUGAAGGCUGAAUCAAGAGUUGGUCUGGUGAAGGUUUGUUUGAAGUAAUCUCUACCAAAGGGAACCGAAUAAGAAAAGAAAUUGAGGGAUGGGGAGAGAUGUGUGUAAAAGGAGAGCAGGAGAGGAGACAAUGGCACAUUAAAGGGCAGAUGGGGAAUAUUUGAGCAAUCUCCACAAAAGGAGAUGUGAGAAUUCUAUACUCUCAUCCAUUCUUGUCUCAUGUCAGAAAGAAAUUGCCACUGUGAUGUCUGAUGGGAAGGGGCUCUAUACAGAAAUGAGAUGCCCAAGUGGCAAUCCUGCCCUAGUCUGUUAUAAUACCCCUCUUCUAUGCUGGUUUUAGGAAUCCUUGACACCUGCCCCCAGCCUUGUGAGAAGGCCGUGGCCAUGCUCUUCCCACCACUCAUUUCUGAACUGUCCUUUGGAGGUAUAUAGCAGACAUAUGUUCUGCAUUUCUCAUUGAGAAACCUGAGAAGAUGAUAUCAGAUAGGGUAAGACAAAACACAGAAUAGCUGCUUGGAAAUAGAUUCUCUCUUGAUUAAUUCUUUGAGAAUUUCUUACAUGUGUACAAUGGAAUAUGAAAUAUGACCAUAUACACUUCCUCUUCCAAUUCUUCCUUCAUACUUCUCUCAAAUCAUCUCCCAGCCCUCUCAUUCCUAACCUCUUGUCUUUUAAAACUAACUAAAAGUACAGUUAGUAAUACUGCCUGUAUGUGCCUGGAUGGGUGGUCAUUCACUGGAGCAUGGAACACCUAUGAGUAGCCACUCCUUCAAAGGAGAAGAUUUCUCCCUUCCCCCAGAAGCUAUCAACUGCCAGUAGCUCUUUGAGAAGGAGUGAGGCCCAUAGAUCGGCUUCCCUGUCCAUGUGGGAGUUUUGCCUACCUUUAUCUUGUGUAGGUCUUGUGGAGAUGACCGGAGUUGGUGUGAAUACAGAAACAUGAUAACCAUGUCAUAUCCAGAAGAGGGCAUUUCACAGUAUUCUUUCCUAUCCCCCACCUAUUUAUUCUUAUUUCUCUGCUCUUCUGCAAUGCCCCUUGAGCCUGGUCAGGGUGGAGUGCUGGUAUAGAUGUCCCUUUUUGGUUUAGCACUUGGCCUCUUCUUCUCAGCACUCUGACCAGUUAUGCAUCUCUGCAAUGACUGCCGUCCACUAUAAAAAGAAGCUCCCUGACUUGUAGCUAGAGUUUUCCUGCCUGGUCCACAGUCAGGACAAAUCUCUCUCACCUGCCAGUCCCACAGCCGCUCAGACCCAACCAAGUAAACACAGAGACUUAUAUUGGUUACAAACUGUAUGGCCGUAUCAGGCUUCUUGCUAACUGUUCUUAUAUCUUAAAUUAACCCAUUUCUAUAAAUCUAUACCUUGCCACAUGGCUCGUGGCUUACCGGCAUCUUCACAUGCUGUUUGUCAUCAUGGCGGCUGGCAGUGUCUCUCUGACUCAGCCUUCCACUUCCCAGCUUUAUUCUCCUCCUUGUCCCGCCUACACUUCCUGCCCGGCCACUGGCCAAUCAGUGAUUUACUUAUUGACCAAUCAACAACACACUUGACAUACAGACCAUCCCACAGCACUGACUGGGGUUGAGAGCAGCCUCUGCCUAUGGGUAUAAACAUAAAUUUAGCAAAAUAAUAAGAGUAGAUUCUAUUCUAGCACUUAUGACCUCUCAGGCCAUGGGCUUUUGACCAGCAUUGCAGUACUAGACCCUGUGAAGAAGACCUGAAAUCCAGUCAGAAAGCUGUUAUUCAUUCAGUAUUGUAUAUAUUACGUACACAUGAUAUUGGGGGUGAAGUCAAGUAUUUGUUUAUUCUGGAGUUGAGGUUUGAACAUCGGCCCUUCAUUCAAUUUCUUUUUUUUUUUUUUUCUUUUUGGCUAUGGUUCUGUUAAUCCAGAGUAGUUACUUAAUCGGAAAUUAAAAAAAAAAAAAAUCAAAGCCCGGUCACUCCCAAGUCAUACCUAACCUUGUGAGAUUCCAAUAUCCUGUGAAAAACACCUACCUAACCAAUAAGUUAGAUAAUGCAGGAAAAUAUUUUCAUCAACAAAGGUGGUUUCACAGACUGUUGUCAGUGAGAGCAGCUGGGGGAUAGGUGAAGUGUUCCACGAUUAGCAGAUCAUCUGCGUUGGUCCAUCUCUCCUCCAGGUUGCUUUUUCUCCUUCUAGCUACAAUAUAGUUCCUGAAACUCUGAUGUCUGUAUUUUCUACUAUUCUCAUCCAAGGCUAGCAGACAUGUAUUCAUCCACAAAGCGAGUCCCUUUAGGAGAGGGCUUGAUCCACCACUCAACUGUCCAUGGAGAAGAUAUUCCUCUGAAGAAUAAAUUCAAGUCGCCAUAUCUUGCCAUUACCUUAGUGUUUUUAAGGUCCUACACAUUCAUUGACUCUGGAGAUUCCCAUCACGUUUGUAAUCAUAAUUCUUCCAUAUUUACAGAUCAUUCCCUGAGCAUCUGACCCUAUACAGAUCAUCGUGUGUAACCUAUUUGUGAAAACCUGAGGCUCAAACCGUUGCUUGCCACAGAAUGGGGAUGGGAUGUGUGUGUGUGUGUGUGUGUGUGUGUGUGUGUGUGUGUGUGUGUGUGUGUGUGGUUUUGAAAGUCCAUUUUUUUCUACAGUUUCUUAUCUCAGCCACAGCAACUAAAAUUGAUGCAAGGACAGUUCAGCACUCUCGUAUGUCGAUUCCAUGCGUUUCUGAAUUCACGGGCAGUAGCAUCAUGAGAUAAUAACUUACAAUAGAUUUUCGUAUCAUGAGAAGAGCCUACCUUCUCACUUAGGAAACAGAUUUUGAAACUGAUAAAAAGCAGUUCAGAUAUGGAAGAGACAGGAGAAACGAAGCUGGAAUAGAGAAUUUGCUAGAUCAGGAAUUUGGAAAUCUGGGGGAAACCUGAAAAUACUUUGUAACAAAAAGGUUACUGGGGGCAAUUUUGUAGGAAUAAAUUAAGAAACAUUCUAUGUGACUUAAAAGUGAUUUACAGGAUGCCUUGAGGGAUAGUCUCUUGUCUGAAACUUUAGGUUUAGGCUUUUAUCAGUUGAAAUACUGACUCCCAAGUGUUUUUACUCUGCCUAUUUGGAAGUUAAUUCAGUGUGUGAUUGAUUAGAUUAUCAUUUUUCUACUCAGGGCAUAUCAUCAGCCAUUAUUAAGAAUUGAGAAAAGUUUGUAACUUUGACACACAUCUAGGAAAAGAAUUACAUUUAACGGUGUUUGGAAGCUGAAAUCUGUAAAUGUCACUCAUUUCUUUAUACUACACCCAACUGCAGAGAUAUUUUUUAAUCUUUUCGCUGAAGGCUAAAUUAUUGCACAUGGAAAAAUAAUUUUUCUCAUCUUUCAUAUCCCAAGGAAAUUUAAUAAUAAGGUGCAUCUAACAUUGUAUGCUUAUAUGUUUAUAUGUAUACACAUGCAUAUAUGCAAAGGAAAUUAUUUGCAUUAUUUUGCAUCUAAAAAUCAUAGCUCAUGUAGUCAUAAUCAUUUUCUAUAUUUUGCUAAAAAGUCUAUGACUUUACUUUUACCCAUUUUCCCCAUAAUUCACUCUUGAAUAUAUUUCUAACAUCAUUUAUUUGGUAUUUCCUUGGCUCCAUGCUAAAUGCUUGGUGGUUAUAGAAAGUGUUGGGUUAGAAUGUUUCCUUUAAUCUGGUAGAAGGAAAAGAUGGCUCCUUAAGUAGCCCAGGAUAGAAUGAACUAAGAGUGUGGGGCAAACAAUAAGAAUAUGAUCCUGUGACUCUAACGUUGAACCACACUCCUGAUAUUGGGCUUUUAGUGCCCUUUGUGGGUCCAGAUACAGACGAUUAAUCCCCAGGACAUGUCAAAGUGAUGUCACAUAACUCUACCUCUCAGGUAGGAUUACAAUGUUUCCUUCAGCACAGUCACCAUUCCUUCAUCAGUGCCAAGGUAGGAGGUUAUGAGAGAUGAAUGGUGUCAAAAUAGUAUAAAAAUCUAGUCUGCCAAGGAGCUCUUCCUGUCCAGUGGCAUACCACUUGGCUGUAAUGCAUAGUCUUUGGAUUUUCUAAAGACUCUAAGGAACGCUUCUACUUUUUUUCCAUUUAGCAGAUAAACUAUAGCUGUGCAAGCAAAUAAGAGGCACAUAAUGGCUUCCACAAGCAUGGCAUGCUUAAGCAGGGAACUGCCUUGGACCACUGUCCAGUGAUAGCAUAGGAUAAGUCUAUGAGAUUACUUAUUUUAACUUUUAUUUAUUUUUGCAAAUAUUAUAUACUUUUAGAUGACGAAGAAAGGUAAGGUAUUUUGUCAUGGUCUCAAAGAAAGGACUUGUAUGUAUAGCCUGAUGCCACUGUGAUUUCUAAUUCAUAUUUACUCUGCUGAAAAAAUAUAUAUAUAAAAUAAUCAGUUUCCUAAACAUCCUUGCGAAUUGUCUGUGACACAAAAUCCUUAGUCAUAACAAAGUCAUUCGUGCCAAUAAGUUCCACUAUUUUUCUACAUUUGCUUCCUGGUUGGCAUUUUGUGUAACAUGUGAUGUGUAUAAAUGAUAAACAAAUAACAAUAAUAAAAACCCUUUGAUUCUUUUACCAGAA